CUAAGAAUUGGAAUAAUAAUUAAUUAAGUUUUUUGCGCAAAAUCAUGAAUUUACAAGGAGUCAUCGAAAUGAUGAACGAUAUUCAGAAGGCACUUCAAGGAGCCAACCUUAAGUUUGAGAUUGAUCUGCCAAGAAUCGCAGUAGUAGGAGCUCAGUCAAGUGGUAAGUCAUCUGUACUGGAAUCUAUUGUUGGUGAAGACUUUCUUCCAAGAGGUACUGGCAUCGUGACUAGGUGUCCACUCAUCCUACAGCUUAUUUAUCAUAAAGGAGAUACUUAUGCGAAGUUUGAUCAUCUUCCUAAGAUAAUGAUCACUGAUUUCAACAAAGUAAGAGAUGAGAUUGAGAAAAGGACGAACGUUCUUGCUGGAUCUGACAAGAAGAUUGUCAACAAACCAAUUUACUUGACGAUUUACAGUAAGAAUGUACCAAAUCUUACUCUUAUUGACUUGCCAGGAUUUACAAGGCUCGACCUUGACGAUCAAGAGUCUGGCAUCAGUGAUGAUAUAGAAGCACUUGUCAUGGAGUAUAUUGUAAAAGAAAAUACAAUCAUACUCGCUAUUUCACCUGCAAAUAACGACAUUGCUAACUCUGAUGGUCUGCUCUAUGCGAAAAAUGUUGAUCCCAACAGAGAUAGAACUUUUGGAGUGAUGACCAAGAUAGACAUCAUGGACAAGGGAACAAAUGCUCUCGACUUCAUCAACGGAACCAAGUACAAACUGAAGCAUGGCUACAUCGGAGUGAAAUGCAGAUCACAAGACGAUAACAACAAAGGAAAAACUAUCAAAGAUUCACUCGAAGAUGAGAAGAACUUUUUCAGAACUCACCCAGACUACAAAGAUAUAGCCCAUACUCAAGGAACUUCAGUGCUUGCUCAAAAAUUGAGUGUACUUCUCGGUGAACAUAUCAAAAAGCAUUUGCCUUUUAUCCAAGAAAAGAUUCAUGAGAAUCUUGCUGACUGUGAAAAAUCUCUUCAAAUGCUUGGCCCUGAAAUCGAACUAAGAAAUGACCAAGAUGCUGUAUCUUUCAUCACGAAGGUUAUUAAUCAGUACUGCAAUGAGUUCCAAAGAGUCAUCGAGCAUAGUCAGGUUGUCGAAGAAAAGGGUAAGCUCCUCUUUGAUGGAGGAGCACUGAUUUAUGAGAUCUUCCAGACCUUCAUGGAAGAUAAGAUCGGUACCAUAGAUCCCUUGAAGAAGCUUAAUGAAGUUGAUAUUUUAUCAGAAAUAAGAAUUAUCAACGGGAUCGACCCAAGCUUGUUCGUUCCAAGAGAAGCUUGCAAGAGUUUGAUAGUCAAAAAGAUCGACAAGUUUAGUAUCCCAAGUAUCAACUGUGCUAGACAUGUCUAUUCUGUUAUUGAAAACUCAAUCUCCCUCAUAGAUAUCGACCAGCUCGGACCCAGAAAAGUUUUGAGAAAUUUCUUGAAUGACAACACAGAGCAGAUUUUGGAAUUAUGCAUGACUCAUCUGACUGACCACAUCAAAGAGGUAAUUGAGUCUGAGAAGAGCUAUAUCGACUAUGAUGAUCCUGACUUCAGACUCAUUGAGCCGUAUCUCUUCAGUGACUCUGAUCUAGAAGAAGAGAAGCUCCAACAUCUCAAAGAUAUUUAUGACCUUGAGCCAGAACUUUUCAGUAAAAAGUCUAUGGAAAAGACUAUUAGGCAUGCUGUGAGAGUUGCCAAGAAGGCCAAAGGCAUCAGAUUUAGACAAAUACGUGGCAAUGAUGGCAACAUCACUGAAGAAGAAAUUCCUAGUAAGAAAUAUUCACAGAAUCUUGAGCCUGAAGAAUCUGAUGAUGAAACAGAGCUUUUCGAAAGUUCAAGCUGUAAGAAAGAUUUUGGAAGUUGGAAGAUCAAGAGAGAAAUAGAUCUUUCAGACGGACUCACCCAUGACGACAUGACUAACAUCAUUUCUAUGAAGAGAGUGAUCAAGGCUUACCUCGCUAUUAUCAAGAAGCAGUUCAAGUCAAGGAUCCCUAAAUGCAUCGUAAAGUUCCUGAUCAAGGACUCUUUAGAAGACCUCAGAGGCUUCUUGUUCUCUGAAUUCAUUAAGCAUGAGGAUAAGAUAGGACUAGCUCAAGAAGACUCAGACAAGAAGAAGGAGAGAGACUUAAUGGUGAGAAAUAUGCAUGCUCUUAAGUUAGCAAAGAAAGCUCUAAGAAAUGUCAAGAAGAAUUCUAAGUACUAGGCAAAAAUCUUUUUAAGCCAAGUUUGA